UGCCACAAUGCUCGGCUAUUUUUAUUUUUUGGUUGUAGUUGUCAUUGUUGUUUGGCAGGCACGGGCCAGAUUUGAACCUGCCAGCUCCCGUAUAUGUGGCUGACACCCCAGCUGCUGAGCCACAAGGCGCCAAGUCAACACUCUGCAACUUCUCCAGUGCACAAAAAGUGGGUGUUCUACAACUUAAUUCGAUUCUGAUGCUUCUACCUGCACGCAACACGGCGCUUCUGCUCAUCCUGUGUGUGCAGCACUCCUUUCCCGAGCCCAGCAGACUGUACCUGGACCUCAUUUUUGCUGUCCUGGCCCUGGAACUGAUCUGUUCCCUCGUGUGUCUGCUCAUUUACACAGUGAAAGUCCGAAAAUUUAAUAAAGCCAAACCACAACCUGAUGCAUUUGAAGAAGAAAAAAUCUAUGCUUACCCUAGCAAUAUUACCUCAGAGACUGGAUUCAGCACUAUUUCAAGCCUGGAAGAAAUUGUUGAAAAGCAAGGAGACAUAAUAGUGUAUCUGAAACGACACAACACCCUGUUGAAGCCUCAAGUUGUCGCCAUGGGUAGAGUGCUGUGGUAUCACAGCUCACAGCAACCUCCAACUCCUGGGCUCAAGUGAUUCCUGCCUCCGCCUCCCAAGUAGCUGGGACUACAGGCGCCCU